GCUUCACCGCCCCCUUGGCGGCGGCUCAUCGCCCAACCCUGAACAAGACGCGAUAACCGUCCAACCUAGAUCCAGGCCAUGCGCCACGCCAAUCGGGCGCGUCCACCCCCCUCGAAGAACCUCAAUUCCGGCACCCGUUCGUUGCCUCUACGCCUAACGCUACGGCUUGCGUACCUAUAGCAGUAUCGUCGGUAUGUCCUAGGGGCUACGUAACAUCCGUCUACGCAACCCCCUUCGCAUGCUUGUAGGUACCUCCUACAUAACCUUCCGCCUCACCUAAUGGAUCGGCUAUCCUGUGACCUCGGACCCGCCUGGGACUCUCCGUCGGGUACCCGUCGGCGUCGCAAUACCGCUGCGGAGGCGGAGCCCCAACCAACGGCCGGAGCCUCAAAGUCCAGACCCUCCGCCUCAAAGCCUGGGCAGAGCGGGCCUUCGGCUUCGCUGCCGACUCAGGCCGUCAUGUCCUCGCGCGGGAACCAGCGCAGGGGUCCUAAUCGUAACAGCGAAGUGGGCGAGCAUGGCGAGGAAUUAAGCGUGUGGAAGGACAUCAGGGAGAAGAUGCCCGCCGUUCUCGACGCCUUUAACGACAGUAGCGCGAACGUUCUCGAUAUUCGCGACCAGGAGAAGCGUAUGGCCGAGAAGAAGGAGAAGAACGCCCUCACAUCUGAAGAUUAUACAAAACUGGACAAUUACUUCCGCAGAGGCGUUAAAUUUAACGAAACUGCGAGCCAGAAUCUCAUCGAGACCAUCGAGAAGCUCAAGGUAUUGCGGGCGGUGCAAAAGGCUAAAGAGGAACAGCAGGAGUCGAGCACGUCUCGGGUGGCCGCCCAACGGGCCAAGGAGUCGGCCGCAGCCUCUUCCUUGUACGACUUUGACGGCGCCGGCGACUCUCCGGUCCCGUCGCCCAACCCUGCCGUACCUCGUCGGAUGGGUGGCGGUAGCAAGGGCGACCGCGAUUCCGUGCCCCCGCGGUUAGACAGAUCAACGCCAGCAGCCAAAGCAGGCAGCGCUGAACCGCAGUCCGGCCCAUCAUCCAACUCUAUUCGCACCAAGCAGGCGUUUGCCAAGGACGACGAGGUCGCUUUCAAACCGAAGCCGACGAACAACGAGCAGACGGACUGGAUCCUGGGCAUCGUCCAAGAUGUACGUGGCGAGGGCAAGGCGCGGCGGUACCGGGUCCUAGAUGCGGACGUGGACGAGAACGGGCACCAGAAAGAUUUCCGGACCAGCGCGGGCAGUAUGAUCCUCAUCCCGAAGGAGGGCACCGUAUUACCACCGCUCGAGACGGGCAGGACGGUUCUCGCGCUGUACCCCAACACUACGACGUUUUACAAGGCCGAAGUUAUGGGCAUGGAUGGCGACGGCAAGGUGAACCUCAAGUUCGAGGGGGAAGAGAGCAGCAACACGAUGCAAGCUGUCACCCGUCGACACGUGGUGGAGUACCGUGGCUGAGGGGGGGGGGGGGGGGGGCG